AUGGGACCGAAGAAAGAAGUAAAGAAAUACGACCUUAACGACAAGGUUAUGUGUAAACAUGGGCUCUUCUACUAUGAAGCAAAAAUAACUGAAAUCGCAGAGCAAGAUGGAGAACCGGUGUACGUUGUCCAUUAUCAGUUCUACGAGCAGUUAAUGUACAUUUUAUACGGUUUUCCUCACAAUUUUCAGGGUUGGCAUAAGAGAUAUGAUGAGAGAAUAACGCAAGCUGAAACUGCGGACAAAUUUCUUGCUUUUACACCGGAAAAUGUUGCCAGAUGCAAAAAGGAAAUUCAAGAAGCCCAGUCAUCGAAAAUCAAAAGAAGAAAGACUAAAGAAGGUCAUGAUGACGAUGGAAGAAAAAGUGACGCGGGAAGUCGUGCAUCUACACCUAACAGCGUUCCUCGUUCUGCUUCUGUAUCAACACCACUGCGAACAAAAAUCGCAAAGAAAAGAGCAGAAGCAGGAACAGACGCUCCAGCAGCCACUUCUACGACCAGUACCUCUGAGCCAGAAAAUAAGUCUCCUGUUCGAGAACGUGAUCCAGUUCUUCUUCAAGAAUUAGAUAAACUAAAUGAUAUGCCUUCUUGCCUCCUUCAAAUAAUCGUUGAUGAUAGCGAUAUCAUGACCCGUCAACGUAUGGUUUCUCGCCUUCCUGCACGUUAUACAGUGGACACCAUCAUUAACGAUUAUUGUGCGGAACUUGGAUUUUCAUCUAAAGAAGGCGACGAUUCCGCUGUGGCAGAUAGCCCUUCAGGACUGGGAAGUAGUGCGAUUGGAUUGCGUGAUUUCUUCAAUGGUGUGCUAGGGUAUCAGCUUCUUUACAAGUUUGAACGCCCUCAGUAUGCAGCUGAAAUUGAAAAGGCAGUGGGAUCAACUGAAGCGGUUCAUAGAAAGAGAAAGUCGCAGUCGUCACCCGAUGAGAUUGGAAAUGCUUUAAUACCGUCUAAGCUCUACGGUCUUCCUCAUCUGCUUCGGUUGAUUGUCAGGCUCACUACUCUUCUCCGCGACGUGCCAUGGAACGACAAUGUUUUCCGGGAUAUCAUAAAGUGUACACAGCAUCUCAUCGGGUUUCUCGAGAAAAAUCAUCAAAAAUACUACAGUAUUGAGAAUGACUACGAGAAUACCACGCCAGAAUAUCAAAAAACUGCAUGGGCAUCAACGUCGUGA